CUGCACUAGAGGCUGACAACAUGGCAUUGUUGAUGACGGUCACACCUGCAGGCGAUCGAUCCCUCAACCUUCGAAGGCAGGACUCGGCACCAGAGUCCCGCGGCGACGUGCGACAGUACCACGCGCCCUCGAGCUGUCUCCUGCCCGUGCUGGCGGUUCGCAACAGCGAGAAUGUUUCUCUGUUUCGCCAGGUCUCGUCGAAAGUGCAUCCCUGCCUUAGCGUGUCUCCGUCCUGCCUCCGAGCAGCAGGGGCCGGACUAUCCGGGCUUUACAGAACAUGCUCGUCGACUUUGUGCACGGCCGGAGUAGGUAGAGACAGGAGUACACCACCGUGUGCAGGCGGCGCAGCAGGGCGUUCCUGCCAGCCAGACGGAUGGGCAGUCGGUGUUUGGCGGGCGGUGCUUACUCGCGAAUCGCUACUUGCGCCCCCUGGUGUGGACACGUUUGGACGAGCCUACAGGGCUGUCGCAGUGGGAUGAAGCGCGUCGGACCCUUUGCGAGAGGUGCUGCCGGGCUGUGCCCGUUGCUGCUGACGCUCUUGGGGCGCCCUGGGCUGCGUCUUCCCCCGAGACGCCUCCCCGUCGUAAAUUCUGUAGCUGAAUAUAUUCCCGAGCGCGCCUGCACCCACGCCCGCACCCUUUGCACUCUCCGACCCAUUACUAUCGUGAAGCUGCUCGGCAUUCGCUGCGAGAACCCUCCGGCACCGAGAGAGGCAAAGAACACGACGCACCUACGCGACGCUAAUUUCCCAUUUCCGCCCGGGCUUGUCCUCUGCGAGGGACGCGCUGUAAACGGCGCCGCCCCGGCCGAAUCCGCUACUGCCACCGGUGCUCGGUCAGCAUCAUUGAAAGCAUCAGACAGAGCAAAUCCUCGCUCGUCCGCCAUUCCGCCCAAACCGUCCCCCGUGAACGGACUGACGCCGCCUGCGUCGCUUCCCUCGCAACCUCACCAGCGCCGCGUCUCUCGCCCUUCGCUUUGUCCCAUGCUGUAGAAACGUCGCUCGCUCGCGUUCCGCCCGCCUCACAACUAUUCUCGCCGCGACUUACAGCCAGCACCUCACCUCACCGACCGCGAACUCGCCUGCCGGGCACGCUCUGAAUUUAUCCUCGUCAUCUCGUCAUCGCGUAGAGCACGACAAA